GCUGAAAGCUUUAUCUCAAGAGAUCAAUGAGGAACGUAUAUUUUUCACCGUACACAGUUCAGACACAUAGACAUCGGUUUGUUGCUCUUAGACUCAGCAUCAAAUCAAGCUGCUGCUGAACAACCACUGAGAGAACAUCAGGUACGACGCUUAUGCUGAUUGUUUUUAGCACAUGUAGAUAUAUGUGAACUUACUGGAAUACGUGUUGCAUACUGCUAUGUUGUCAUGUGCUUAGUGAAGUGUUGUGUCGUCACUGGUUUUAUGUGUAAUAACUUGAUUUCACUGUUCUGUAGACUGUGGAGCUUUUAAGCAGAGGCUUUCCUCCAGUUCAACUAUGACUUUUCUCAGGACUUCUUUAAACAACUCUCUCAUCAUUCGUCCUCCAGGCUUCUACAUAGUCGGAUUUGAGACAUUACCCUUCAUUAGUGUCUACUUCAUCUUUCUAUUGUUUGUUUACGUGGUUACAGUGAUGUUCAACAGUUUGGUGAUCUAUGUCAUUGCUUUCAAUCACUGCUUACAUUCUCCAAAAUUUCUGGCUGUGAUCAACCUCGCAGUAAUUGAUAUAGUCCUCAACACGACUACUAUUCCUGGCAUGGUAAAGAUAUUCCUUGUUAAGGACAAUUUCAUUCCAUUCAACUUGUGUUUGGUACAAAUGUUCUCCUACUAUUGUUUUGCAUCUAUGGAGUCAUUUGCACUUGCUAUACUUGCCUACGACAGGUUGAUUGCAAUAUGUUUCCCUUUACGUCACAACUCAGUCAACACUUUGCAGAGCAUGUCUUGUAUUAUUGGCUUUACUUGGUCUUUUUCUGUGGGAGUAACAGCAUUUUCAACAGGUAUAUUGACUCAACUCUCAUUUUGUAAAUCUGUCAGAGUGUUCAGCUAUUUCUGUGACUAUGCACCUGUGUUCAGACUUGCCUGUAACGAUUACACAAUGCAGUGGUCUGCAGCCUCUUUUCUCUCCUUCAUGAUACUCGGAGGACCCUUUGUUUUUAUCAUCCUGUCUUAUGUCACUAUCCUGGUGACAGUGUUUAGAAUGAGAUCUUUGGAAAGUCGAGUUAAAGCUCUUGCCACUUGUGGUGAGCAUGUCAUCCUUGUUGCUGUAUUUUAUGUUCCUAUCAUCACUAUUUUCACUCUUGGGUUUUUUCUGCGUCUGACUGACCCGGACCAGCGUGUGCUUAGCCUGUCGCUGGCCUCUUGCAUCCCACCCUGCAUCAAUCCAAUAGUCUAUUCUUUGAAAACCAAAGAGAUCAAAAUGAGAGCCGUGGCCCUUGUGAGAAGAAAUGUCAUCGGCACGGACCAACGUAAGAGGAAACCUUUGAGGGUUAAAAAGUCUUUCAGGCUCUAACAACAUGGGUGUUUUUGUUCCCACAUUGUUUUUCAUUGGAACAGGUUUAAUGAAGCCGCUGUGACUUUACACAUGUUCUGUCCUAGUCUGUUACCCUUUAACUUAACCUAAACACAACCUAUACUCAAAUAAUUUGUCUCUGCUACGGAUACAACAAUACCCGGGUCAAGGCCCUCAGACUAUUACUGCAGGAAGAACUAUUGUUAAUGGGAACACUGAGGAGAACGGACUUAAACACAGGAUCCACAUGUAGCUUUUACAGCUUGAAAAUUACUAAGAAUUGUCUACUUAACCCCUAAAACUGAAACUAAUCUUGAAGUGUCCCAUCUGGAUAUUUUAAUCAACACCCUCUGCAAAGAAUGUACAUGACCUCAUUUUUGUUCAGAAAAUAAAGUUAAUUCAUGUCCAUAUAUGUGAAGUAUGAUCCGCAGGAAAAAGAAUCCUGACGUAGACUAUUGAGUGUGUUUCUAGUGAAAAGACAAUUUGUGAUUCAUCAACCAAUAGAAACUUAGCAGAUACUGUUUGUAUCAAUUUCUAUCUGACCACCAGAGAGCAUUUGCAUGCAGUCAGUACAUAUUUUGGUCACUAGUGUGUUAUUUAUUUAAUAAAAUCUUAAAGAACAAUAAUUUUUUGUUGUGACAUAUGCCAAGCGACUCCAAAGAGCACUAAGUAUUUAGUUAAUGUUUUCUUCGUGAGAAAUGACAAAGUUAGUCACAAAGCCCGGAGGACGUCACAACAACAAAGGUAAUCUAAAUUAAAACUGAAUUUAAGUCAGUUACGUGUCAGUACUGUCUGUUUUCCCCUUCAGGUGCCAAUCUGGCUGCACCUGCGUUCCUGAAGGGAGCAGGCCAAUCACCUGAGUGGGCCUUGCUGUUAAAAGGAAGAUUGAAAAGUUCUGAGAAUGGCGUCCUUUUCGUUGUAAUGCACGCACUGCCACCACACCACACGACGUGCAGGUUUGUGGUGAGAGGUUGAGCACAGUAGGCAAGUCUGGAGUGCCCUGUACAUUUGUACACUCCCGUAGGUACUUUGUGUCUUGAAGCAUUAGGUUAUUAGUUGGUGCUCCCUCUGUAUUUUGGUGGGCGGUAUUAGAGAAUUAAGGGAAGCCAUUUUGUUUGUUUCUUUCCCAGAGGUAGUUAGCUAGGCCUGAUUUUGUUAUCUUAAUUUGUUUGGCACAGCCACAACUGUCGCAACCUCUCCCACUUAAUAGAAGCUUUGUAUUUGUUUUG